GCGCAUGCACCGUUGUCCACUAAUGGUCAUGAGCCAUCUGUCAAAGGAAGAUUACAAGAAGCAUCGACAACAUUAAUUACGGCCAUGCAUAUGAUCUUCUUCGUCAUUAACGAUCUCUGUCUACUUAAUUAUAUAACACAUCAUACUGUUAGUAGCCGCGCUACAAACGAAUCGAAAGGAGGAGGGAAAAGAGAGAGAAAUGGCAGCGGCGAUAGCAACGUUGUUGAUCGUGGUCGUCGUCGUGCUGCUGGGAACUGGUACUAAUGAUUUUGCAGCAGCUGAUGAUUCUCCUGGAUACGUUUGCAACGGGGAGCAGUACAAGGCGGACAUGGGCCCUGCAUUUGAAGCUUGCGUGCGUUCUUUGGCCGGCGUCGUUAGCCAGGCCACCGGCAGGGUGACAGAAGGUGAGUGCGGAGUAGAUCCACCAACCGUGGUGUUUUACGGCAGGGCCUUCUGCGACAGCCGUGUUACCGACUGGGACUGCAUCCUGUGCCAGAGGGAGAUCGCUCCGUGGCUGCUGCACCCGUUUUGCACCGGAACCGUUGGUUCCACUCUUUAUUACACCAAUUGCGAGGUCAGAUACGAGAUUUACCCAUUUUGAUGAUCAUUGCAUCAGUACCCAUUUCAUCAUUCUAGUUUGUGUGUAAGCCUUUUAUAUCAUUGAUUCUAGUUUGUAAUGUUUGUUUAGCUUGUAAACUUUAUGUUAUGAUUUGUAUACUUUGUAUUUAUUGGAUUGUAAUACAAGUUCUGUUGGUUUGUAUUGUAAGUAGUAUUUUGUACUGUUAGUAUGUUAUGUAUAAAAUGUGAGUAUGAUUUGUACACUUUUUAAUGAAAUUUUGUAUCAUUG